AUGUUGCCAAACAAGAGCCAUAUCCCCGCCACGUUCCGCCUGACCGGCAUGCCGGGGCUGGAGUCCCUCUACGGCUGGAUCUCACUUCCGUUCUGCUUCAUGUUCUUCACGUCCAUCGUUGGGAACGGUCUUAUCCUUCUCGUGAUCAUCAAAGAUUACAAACUCCACCAACCCGCGUUCUUCCUUCUCUCCAUGCUGGCCGGCACCGACCUUCUCUUCACCGCGGUCACCAGCCCCUCGGUCCUCGCCAUUUUCCUGUUUGACCACAAGCUCAUCCAAUCUCAACUGUGCCUCCUGCAAAUGUUCUUCAUCCAUUCGCUCUCCAUCGUCGAGUCUUCACUCCUGGUGGCCAUGGCCUUCGAUCGAUAUGUCGCCAUUUGUCAUCCUUUAAGAUACUCGUCCAUUCUUACCGGCUCUGCCGUGGCCAAGAUUGGUCUUGUCUCCGCCCUCCGAGGAACCCUUCUCCAUAUCCCACCAGUGUCCAGCCUGAUGUUUCUGCACUACUGCAAGGGUAACGCCUUGUCCCAUCCGUACUGCUUGCACCAGGAUGUGAUGAAGUUGGCUUGUCAUGGAACCAAUGCCUUCAACAUCAUGUUUGGUCUUGUGGUUAUCCUUUGUACUGUGACACUGGAUGUCGUCCUCAUUGUCUUGUCCUACAUUCUGAUAAUUCGAUCCGUCCUUCACGUCACCAAACUGGACCGUUCUAAGUUAUUUAACACUUGCGUGUCCCACCUCUGUGCUGUGGUUCUGUUCUAUGCCCCGAUGGUGGCGCUGUCCUUGGUUCAUCGCUUCGGAAAAGAGGUCUCACCCUUAUUUCUGAGCCUCAUGGCCAAUUCCUACCUCUUCCUUCCAUCCAUGCUGAACCCCGUCAUCUACAGUGUCAAGAGCACACAAAUCCGUGAGGCCUUACUUCAGACUUUCCACAGAGGACCAAUGGAUUGUUAG